UAGAUCCUUUAGACACCUCUCAUCACUUCACGGUGCACCUAACACACCCCCAUCUUCAAAACAUCUUGCCCACAAGAUCUGGGAUCUAGGGUUCCUUCGGGAGAUAUCUAAGGAAUAUUAGGCAUGGGUUGAAUACUGGCUCCUAGUUGUUUCUUGAGGCACAAUACAUGGAAAGUGGGGUACAUAUGGGAUUGUUUUGGGAGAUCCAAACAAUACACCACUUCCCUAUGCUAUGAAGGACAUGAAACGAUCCAUAGUACCUCAGCAAAAGCUUGAGGUUCCGUCAAGCUGCCACUGACAAUUGCCGAAAGAUCCAUUUCAUCCUUGUGAAGACGAUGAAAAAAUUCUUGAUCCUGAAAUAUCUUAUCUCAGUACAAUUGGAGCCUGGAUGUAUCUUGCAAAUUGCACUCGGCUUGAUAUUGCAUUUUCAGUUAAUUUACUUGCAAGAUAUAGUUCCGCACCAACUCGAAGACAUUGGAAUAGCAUUGAAUAUCAUUCGAUAGCUCUGAGGUAUGGGGCGGUAUUUAGAACAAGCUUAGUUGGGAAAAAGGUGAUAGUUUCCACGGAUCCUGAAGUCAACACUUACAUUUUUCAACAGGAAGAUAGAUCUGUCUUAUUAUGGUACACAGAGAGUUUCAUGAAAGUUCUUGGAAAAAAAAGUCUUCUCACUCAUCACGGGGAAAUUCACAAAUACCUCAAGAACUUGAUUCUACACCUUGUUGGCCCCGAAAACCUCAAGGCAAAUGUAAUGAACGAACUGGAUGCAGUGAUUUGCAGACAUCUGCAAGCUUGGGCCAGAUAUGGAACUGUGGACUUGAAAGAAGUAACCUCAAAUAUGUUAUUUGACUAUGCUGCUAAGCAGUUGAUGAGUUAUGAUGAGUCGAAAACACCCUUGAAAUUGGCAGAGAAUUUCAAAGCUUUUAUCUAUGGUCUCCUCUCUUUUCCUCUUAACAUCCCUGGCACUGCAUACCAUGCUUGUCUCCAGGGACGUAAAAAUGCUACAAAGAUAAUUAGGGAUAUCUACAACGAUAGGAAAGCAUCAAAGAUUCAUCGCGGUGAUUUCUUGGAUCAUUUGCUUGAGGAAGUGGAGAGUGAAAAGUCUAUUUUGAAUGAAUCAUCUGCCAUUGACUUGGUCUUGAUUCUUCUGUUUGCUUAUCAUGAAACUACUUCGACAACAUUAACAUUAGUACCAAAGUUUAUCUCUGAUCAUCCCAACGUGCUGGCAGAACUUACGAAAGAGCAUACAGAAAUUCUGAAAAACCGUGAUGAUGAAACAUCUGAAAUUACGUGGCAAGAAUACAAGUCAUCAAUGACUUUUACGCAUAUGGUUAUCAAUGAAACAGUAAGGUUGGCAAAUAUUGUCCCGGCGAUUUUCAGAAAGGUCGUAAAAGAUGUGGAAGUGAAGGGAUAUACAAUUCCUGAAGGCUGGCUAGUCAUGGUUGCUCCAAAUGCUCUACAUCUAAACCCAGAUGUGUACACCGAUCCCCACACAUUUAACCCAUGGCGAUGGGAGGGAAAAGAAUUGCAUGCAGGGUCUAAAACGUUCAUGGCGUUCGGUGGUGGUGUGAGACUCUGCGUGGGAGCCGACUUUGCAAAGCUUCAAAUGGCUAUAUUUAUUCAUCACUUGGUCACAAAAUACAGGUGGAAAGUAAAUGGAGGAGAUGAGAAGAUGAUUCGAAGGCCAGGUUUGGUGUUCCCGAAUGGUCUACCAAUUGAGAUCUCCGAAAAGGACAAGUGCUGAAGAAGAGACCAUUAGAUCCAUAGAUAAUGCGAAACGAAAUAAAUGCACCUCAAGAUGAUCUUAUAUGAUCUUAUAUUAUAUAUUAAGGGUGCCAUAUUAGUGAUAUUGAUCAUUAUCAGUAUGUGUUUAAUUUUCCAAUCAAUAACAUGAUGAUUUUAAGUA